CCCUGAGUAUAAAAAUAUGUGUGACUUGAAAUAAUUUAUCUGAACGGCGUUCCUGCCCCUCUCUCGGACGGGGUAGCCCUCAAACCCCUUUCCCCGCCCCGCACCUGGUUCUAAUGGCUCCUUUAGUCGAAAUAUUUGUUUGCACUGCAAUGGAAUAUUGUAUCUCCUUGAUGUUUACCUGCAUCCAUCAUUUGGCGAGAUCCCCGUGACCGCGCACGCAGCCAAAAACAAACGGUUCCCCGCCAGGACCCAGUUUUUCUUUCAUUUUUUCGCCCGCUCCGCCUUGCAACCCUAUCAGUGACCACCUGGGAAACGCGAAGUACGGAGCGACGACGAAGCGCGCACGUGCACACCGAAACCUUUUCGCGGUUUUGAUCCCCGCUCAUCCUCACUGGAAACCGAAGACUUACGAAAAGUUGUGUUUGUUUACUUUUUUUUCUUCUCUCGUGUGCCGGAGAGAGAAAGUCUAUAUACCUGCCCAGAUAUCGAGUUGCUAUAGUGAUAAUCGGAAGAAGCCAAAAUGUGAUAUUGCAGCGCUGACGCAAGGGAAAAAAAAAUGUGAAUCUAUUUUGUUUUGGAAAUCUUCUCGGAGUGACGGAGUUUUUUAUUGGAUAGUCCGCUUUGGGAUUUGUGUUGGUACUUUGGGAGAGUUUAUCUUCUAGUGUUUCGUUUAUAUCCGUUCGCUGGACUACGUCGCUGUCGGUGGACUACCAAAGUACUGAGUUGACGUUUGGUAACUGAAAAAAGCUCCGCAUCCAGAUUCAUCCGGAGAGCGCCGCACCGCCAUGAGACGCCUAACUCGUUGAUCUCGUUCUUCCCCGACAAUGCCCGGCACCACGAGGUAUUCUGCGACGUUCGAUCGCACGUACGAGGAAGAUGACCGGGUGCCACCCGAGCCCGCCAUGAACGGCCGCCGGUCCCGCUCACUGAGCCUGCAGGCCAAUGGCGCCCUCUACACGCCCCUCCCGGGCGGCAGAACCCCACAGCAACGGUCGUCGUCGACCGACAAUGGACCUGGCAAGGUGCCAGAGCACAUUCCGACGAGGACGGUCGCCAAGACGACGGUCAAGAGCCACACCAAUCCUUUCCAGUUUGUGAAAGUCGGCACUUGCCCGCUCUACAGGAAGGCCGAAGAGCAACUAAAGAAAGCGAAAGAAGUCAAAAAACCGGAAGUCUUGAAAGAAGAAGAAGAAGAAUGGCAAACGAAUUUAGACAGUUGGAAGUCGAGGAGGAGAAAGAUGUCUGAAGAUGUGUUCAGGAGGCAGGAGGAAAUUAAACAGUUUGAGAUGGAAGAACAAGUUCAGCAAUGCAACCAAAGGAAAACAAAGACCUUCUCGGAAAUGCUCGAAUCCAGAGCCCACAGAGGUAGAGCUUUAAGUUUGUGCCUUAUAAACAGUCCCUUGGAUUCUCAAAUUUGGGAAGUAGAAGGCCGAGGGAGCAAGAGCUGUGCCAACAGCAGCUACUCUGGUGGUUCGGAAGAGAACAGCACUGUCAACAGUGAGGAUGAAGGGGUCAGCUUCAAAGGACUGAAUGAGAAAAACGGGCAGGGCUUCUCUCAGAACAAGUCGAGGACCAACGGCAUCUCCAUGGCGCAUUCUCCCUCUUCCAGCUGCGAUGGUCUGUCCGAGCUCGAGACCAACGGGGGGUCCAGGAGGGAGGGGCAUUUCGUGGACUCUGGACUGGAGAGCUUGGUGGGCAGCCAUGGGGCAGCAGACACUCCAGAUAGCUGCUCGGACUCUAGCCACGAUGGUAGGAGUAGCCUGGACUGCGAUUCUCCAACAACGAAUGGUUCGUACGAAAAUGGACAUGCGAAGGUGGCCAAUGGGAAUUCGGCGUCGCAAUCGCCUUCCGGCACAGACUUGAAAAUCAAACUUAACUUGAGCAGCACGGAAGAUGUUCUGGGAUUCACUUUUCAAGGAAAGCAAGAUGGUCAAGUUGUAGUUACCUCAAUGCUAGAAGCCUCUAAUGAAAAUAGUCACAUGCAUCAAAAUGGAAUGACCAAUGGUUAUGCAUCUACAAAUGAAAUUCAAAAUGGCCACAUAGAAGUUGCCAAGAAUGGCAACACAGAUGUCAUCUCGCCCCUUCGAGGACCCGACAGCCCCAUGAAUUCUCCGAAACUUGUCCAGGAAGUAUCCAAGAACGGCGAGAGGAGCAUAGAAUCGGAAAACGAAAUGUAUGUCGACGAUUUCGAAGAAUGCCGGAAAUCCCCAAUUUCUGUGUGCAGUACGCAAGCUUUAAGCAGCACAACUUCAGUCAGUAAUCAAACAUCAAGUCAAAAACAAACAACACAUAUUGAAGAAUCAAUCUCUGUUGGCAAAGAAUCGCUCAACAUCAUUUUCGAAUCCCAUCCCACGAAUAAUUCUAAUCAGGAACUUCCAAGCAGAGGGAAUGAAGAUUCUAUAGGCAGCUGUGAAAGAAAUCCCCUCCUCUCCAAACAGGAGGUUGUUCCUGUGGAGAAAGUGGCCGAAGAAAUGGAAAAGUUGAUUCUGGAACAGCUGGAAGAAGAGGAACGUGCUAAAGAACUUGCAGCUGAGAUUCAACAAAUAAAAAGUGUGGAACAUCUACUAACUGCUCCUCCCCGUUUAGCUGAACCUCCCAAAGAAAAACCUCCUCCCCCUCCCAUAAGUUCUAAUGAAAUACAAAAACCUAAUUCCCUGAAGAGAGUCAACUCAACAAAACGAAUCAAGAAAGAAAUUCAUAAAAGGCGCUCAAAUUUCUUGGGAAUUGAAAACACAGAUGAAAAUAUUGUAUGUGAUGAAUCUUCAGUGCCACCCCCUCUCGCUCUGGAAGAGAUUCUCAAGGCUGAGAUGGAAUUGGACAGGGAGAGCAGGAAGAAGCUGGAAAACGCCACUGUCGAAAGACUCACGCUCGAAGAGAAAGAGAUAAUGCAGAAAGAGCGGGAAAUCAUCGAAACACUGGAGUCUGAAGAGAGGCGGAGGCUUCUUUAUGGCAUCCAUUCUGAAUUACCCAGCAUGCUCCCCAACGACUCGAGGCAGACAAAUUGCGAAGAAGAUCGCAUUCUUGACCUACAAGAAGAAAGGAAACGUUUGGAAGAAGACCACCUGUUCACUAAGGAAAAACAACUUAUACUAGAGCGUGCAGAGUACAUCAAGAGACAAGAGGAACCUCCUUCUGUGGCUGAUCUCUCUGCACCUCUGCUCUCUGCUGCGACACAUUUCCCUUCUCCCGCUCCUUCUCUCUCUUCCGAUCCUCUCGAGUCCAACUCUAGUGCUUCCCCCGGUGGUGGUGAUGGGAAUCCCGUUCUGUCCGAUAACACGCCGAUAGCGCCCCCUGGUGAGAAAACCGUAGGAGAGGCUCAGACGAUCAAGCCGCCCAAGCCGAUCCCUCCCCCGAAGCCUUUGAAAAAGAAGGAGGCUAUCCGCAAGGAACGCGAGAGGCUCAGGCAAGAGCAGGAGGCUCUCCAGAGGGAAAAAGAGGAGCAUCGGCGCAAACUGGCGGAACAGGAAGAGCUCCUGAGAAACCAAAAAUCCCAUGGAGAUUCAGACUGUCUUCUCAUGAACGGACCCAUGAGGCCUGUCUCGUCUCGCAUAAAAUCACCACAGAAUGACACCUGGGGACAGCAAAAGGUCCCUUCCGUGAGGAAGCAGAACCCGGACGCUUUGACUGAAAUCAGGUACAACCAGAACCACUGGCUUAUCCAGGAGGCGGAGAUGCGGCGCAUCGCGGAGCAGAGGGAGCGUCUGCGCGCCGCCCGCCAGUCCGACCCUCGGACCCAUCUCGCGGAAGAUGACGUCUGCAGCGCCCACGGGGUCCAGAAGUACCCCCCCGGCGGUGAGCUCGGACAAGCCCCUGGUCUUCUCCCGGAGGAACGUGCUGCCCCAGACGCCGCCCGCCAAGCCCUCCAGGCAGCAAGAGCACGUGCUGUCCGUCAGCGGGAGGAAGAGGUGCUCGCACUGCGGAGAGGAGCUGGGCAGGGGUGCGGCCAUGAUCAUCGAGUCCCUGCAGCUGUACUACCACAUCCAGUGCUUCCAGUGCUGCGUGUGCCAGGCGCAGCUGGGCAACGGCUCCUGCGGCACCGACGUCCGGGUGCGCAACAACAAGCUGCACUGCCACAACUGCUACAGCAACGACGAGGCUGGUUUGAAGUUCAGCCAAGUUUAGAGCCAAUGCCGAAUAAAUUGUAAAUAUAACCAGAGAACAGACUUCGAGCGAAAGAGGGCGUUCUCUUCCUUCCGGUUCCAUCGAUCUUCUAGCGAUCAGUAUUCAAAAACAGCUGCUGGGGCCAUCGAUGGCCAGGACGAGCCGCCAUUUUGAUGGCAGAUGUGUCAUCGACGCCAUUCGAGUUCAGAUUUUAUUUUUGUUACUCUCAUCCUCUUGGACAGGCAGCCUUCGGUUCGAAGCGAAGACUUGCUCAAAAUGUUCUGCGGACCUCUCGAAGCAUCUUUGUUUGCCUGUAGCGUCUUGUUGGUUGUGAGAGUUUAACCCAUUAAGGAUAUAUGGGCAGUUUCAUUUUAAAAGAUUUAUCACUUGUUGUUCAAAACAGCCAACAGAUUGUGUUAUUGCAUGAUCUUGAUGAAGAAUAUGAACUCUACUUCUACAACAUGCAGUUAAACAUUAUUUGAAUAUUGUUCAUGGACAUUGUCAAAAUUUAAUUGCAUGAUAUGGAAGUAGAGUCAAUGUUCUUCAAAAACUUCAUGCAGUGAAAAAAAUUUUUUUUUUAAAGUCUUUGCAGAGUGUUUUGCAUAAUUUGAUUCAUCUGUAACAGUAAAAUUGCCCAUGUUUGUCCUCCAAGCUCGAGUUUAAGAAUGAUCAAACAUAAAUAAUUUUUAAAUGAUUUUGUUUUACAGUUUAUUGAGACAUCAGAAUCUUAAUAUUGGCAAGGGGGAGAGGUGUUAAAAAUUAUCCCACCACCCUGCAGAAAACAUCGCAAACUUCAACUCUACUUUAGAGAUAAUUAGUCCAAAAAGAUUUAUAAUCUUCAGUGGGACUUUUUUUUUAAAUAACAAAAUAUUUCUUAUUUUAAAUUGAUUGUGGAGUUAGUUUUAUUAUUAUUUUUUUUAAUUAUGUGGGGGGGGGGGAGACUUAAAGCUAAAUUUACCCUGAUUUUUUACGACUAUCUCCAGUGUAACGCAACCAGAAAAGAAACACUGUAGUUGAUCCAUUCACUAACAGAAAGUUCUUCAUUUGGUAGAUUUUUUAAAUGGACAUUUUUGAUGCCCUCCCUCCCUUCCUUUAAUAAAUGGUGAGGGAGAGAGGGUAGCCCUCUCAAAUCAACCAACACGACAGCACUCGAAAUAUUUAUGAAUCCUAUGUUGCUGAUCCCUCGUCAAAAUGCAUCUUGUGCUGAAGUACAGAAAAUUCUAGAAAAAUCAUCGUCGUAGGCAAUUAUUUCGAGUCUAUCGCGACUUCUGAAAACAGCCAUCAUGUAGCAUUGUACAUAUGUAAAACUAUGUAUGUUGUUAAUAGAUUUGUGUGAAGUCAUUAUAAUAUUACUUGCCAAUGUUGUAUAUUGCUCUAUUAUAUUAAUUUUAUCGCGCUAAAUUUUCGCAUGUAAAAUGAAUGCAUAGAUGUUUAUUUGUACUGUGAUAUAUCAAUUUCAACUAUCAAUGGGGCUUUUAUAAUUUUAUAUGCUCGCCAACUUUGUCGCCAAACACGGCAAGAGUAUGAUGCACUGAGCAAAAUCUCUCUGGAAGUUGAUUGUAACACGAAAUUCUUCCCAUUUUGAUGUGGAUUGGCAACAUCUAAACAAGUUUGGUGACAGACUUGGCGAACAUGCGAAAAUCACCCCCCACAAAGUUCAUGUAAAUUAAAGAAUUAGGAUUAUUGUUUAUUCUGUAUAUUAUUAGUAAAAUAUGACUUGAAAAAUUUGUGCCUUAUAGUAUUGACGAAUUAAAGUCGAUCCGAACAGCCAAACAUGAACCUGCGUGAUGUGAAGUUCCUGUACCUUAAAAGUAAUCUUGCUACCUGAAAAGAUAUAUAUUCAGACCUUUUUCAUAUAAAAUUUAUUCUCGUGUAAAUAAAAUCUAUUUUGAAUGUCAUAAAACUGUAUUUUUGCAACCAAAAUCAUGAUAUGAAAAUUAUUUUUAUUGGUGCAAUAAUCCUGUGCCACCAUUAAAAGCUACAGCUGAGACUAUUGUUUUCAAAUAAAAUUUUAUUUUAAAAAA